AUGGGCUCAUUGUCGAAUGCCGACUCAACGCUUCCCGACGCUGUGGUUCCAAAGCGCGAGCCUAGUAUCGAGAGAUAUUCGUCAUCCUCAGCCUCGACACCAGGCCAGGCUGAGGCUACAACUGCAACGGGCUCUGAGCAGCCUGCCCAAGAGCCUGCCCCUGCCCCAAAACGCAAAGGUGGUAGAAAACCUAUAUAUGCCACUUCAGAGGAACGCAAGCAAAGGAAUCGUCAAGCGCAAGCAGCCUUCCGCGAGCGCCGGACCGAAUACAUCAAGCAACUGGAGACGACGAUCCAGCACCAUGAAGAGACUCUUCAAAACCUCCAACAGAGCCACCGCGCGGCUGCCGACGAGUGUUUGAUGCUGCGAUAUAAGAACUCGCUUCUCGAACGCAUUCUUCUUGAGAAAGGCAUCGAUGUUCAAGCGGAGCUCGCCCUUAAGGGCAGUCCAAAUCUGCGACCACAUCGUCCGCCUCCGAUGACAGGCCAGGCAUCUCCGAUGCAGAAAGCAAUGCUCAACAGACAACAGCAGGCCAGGCACCGACCAGCAAUGGCACCCCCAAUACAGACUCCCACCCCUCCCUCACAACAUUCCUCUCCCUCUAACGCAAGAUCACCGGGUUUUGCUUUGCAGGGGGGAAUGGCCUCACCUGCAACCGACAUAUCAGCUCAGCACUCACAGCAAUCGCAACCACCACAACAACAAAACCGGCCUUUGCCGCAGCCGGGCUCGUUUCCGUCACAGCCCAGACAUCCGGCGAGGCAAUUGUCGCAAUCUGACAGUUCCCAACCAUACCCACCUCGAACGCAACCCAACCAUAUGAUGCAGGAUAAUUAUUAUCCAACGUCCUUUCAAAAACAUUAUUCUCAGCUCGGCAAGUUAACCCGUACCCCUUGUUUCUUUUCCUGCUUGUGGAGCUUUGUUCGUCCUAGACUGAAUUCGUGA